UCAUGUUGAAAUUUUCAGCAGCUAAAAUGAAUUGAGUUAAAUAUUGAGGAAAAUAUUCACAGAAACCAGAUUAAUGUAUUUUAACUCAUCAAAAGAGCCGUUAGUCUACACCGUGAUCCAUUUGGUUUGGACAAACAAAGAUGACUCAUUGCUUUUUUAUGUCAUAAAUUGAAGGGGUUAUCUGAUAAGUACCAUUGCUACUGACUAAAGCGUGUGUUUUGUCUGCGUUUAUUAUGUAACAACCCCUUCGAUUAGUCAUCUUUGUUUGUCCAAACCAAAUGGAUCACGGUUAAUCACUUUUUCCCUUUCAACUAUUGUUCAGCAAGUGACUUCUCCUGUAUAACUCGCAUCUUUUACUUCACUUAUUUUGUGUGCUUUUCAAUCAUUCUUGAUUGACCUUUUAUAAAGUAAAUCAAAUUUCAGUCUCAACAAUUAUCUAGUCAAUUCUUAUCCUUUUCAUCGUUACGCAACAAUUAUCAAGUUCCCUGAGAGUUAUACACAGUGAAUAUCAAAAUGAGCUUUAUUGACGGUUAUCAGCCGAAAACCCUCCAGCCACCACCUCCAGUGUCUCUCUCCUCCAGCAAUAGGACAAGAUCACAGAAUGCGCAAUCUAAUUUUGAAUGGCGAAUGAGAAAUCGCGACAAACACAUCGCUAAGGUUAAAGCACGAGAGGCACGUAAAUACAGAGAAGCGUUGGAAGAAAUUUCUUUGCCAUCCAUCAAUUGUUACAAUCUGCCAAGUAACCAUUCAGAACGAAUUCUCAGUGCCAGGAGAGAAUUGGAGAGACGAAAGCUUAAAGUUUGCGCGAUCGAUAUGGAAAAUGUAGUAAUCACCAUGGUAAAUGGAACUGAAAAGUCGGUUCCUUGUUGGGUUUCUGUUGUCAAUUCAGAGGGCCAAUUGAUAUACAAUAGUCUCAUCAGACAUCCAUCAGGUGGUAUCUCAAGACCACUCACCCAACUGCAUGGUUUAUCUCAUGACCAUUGGAAAUAUGCUCCUUUUUUCUGCAAAGUGCGAACUGACGUAAUGGAUAUACUUAACGGAUACGAUCGUAUUAUAGUUUCUAACCAAACUGCUGAUUUCGUGUCUUUGUUCAUCGACUGUGAAACCCACUUGAAACUCUUGGAUAAAAUCAUUUGUGUUUCAUCAUUUUAUAAUUGUAAACGGGCAGAUGAUGCACUUGGAUUGGAAUUUUGCGCAUUCCUUUUGUUCGGUGAUCUUAUCAAACAGACGGUUCAUUCACCAAUCAUUGAUGCCAAGUUUACUAUGUUCUGCUAUUUAUUCGAUAUCAAAGGAAUGGAAAGAGUUCGCGCACAAAACAUCAAAGAUGGAACCAUGGUAUACAAACAACAUGAUUAUAUGGGAUAUAACUAUCCAAAGAACAUUCAAAUGGCCGGAUUGCUGUCGGAUGUUAUGGCAUACAUUGGGGAUUAAAAAUGGCUCCUUUUUCAAAGAGAUGUCUGAAGAGCAAAUGCUACAAAGAGGAUGAUUACAUUCGAGGUGCAUCCGAGCGACGAGCUCCAUACAUAUUCAACCAAGAAAUAUUCAGAUCAUUUGUAAAUCGCUGAUCCUUUACUUGAUUAGUUGAUUUGAGAUAUAAAUACAAUAAUUCUCAGAACCAAUCAAAUUAUCUAAUUAUUUUUUGAUAAAAAUGAAUGAUUUAAUGAUUUAAUAAAAUAAAAUGAUUUCGUA